GGGUCCACCGACGACGAAAUUGCAGAUCCUAAACGUGUCAACAUGGCGUCCGCAGACUUUCAGCCUGCAGAUGCAGUGGAGCGGAAAGACGACCAACCCGACCUCUCGGAUACCCAUGCAUUACUGAAAGAUCUUCUAAAAUCAAUGGACAAACUUUCUAAUGAAGUUACGGAGCUAAAAACCUCUUUCAAGCAACAGGAAUCUGAGCUAAGAACUGCCAAAGAAUCACUAAACGCAGCGCUCAAGUACAACGACGAACUCAAAUUGGAAUUGAAAGCGACUAAAGCACGGGUGAAAGAGCAGGAAGAAGAAAUCGACGAGCUUUACGAAAAUAUGGACACGCUCGAACAGUAUAAGAGAAAAAAUUCCCUCGAGAUUGAGGGCAUUCCUGAAAAUGUUUGCAACGACGAAGAUCCAGUUUUGAAAAUCGCAGAAGCCCUAAACGUCAACGUUAAGCGAGAAGAUAUCGACAUCUCUCACAGGAUCAAAAGAAAAAAGACGACGCCUAUCAUAGCAAGAUUUAUUAGCCACAAAGUUAAGAGGGCACUCUACAAGCAACGAGUUCAACUAAGGAAUGUCAGUUUCUCGCAAUUCUUCCCGAGCGCACCUGCAGCAGCAAGGGCCUCUUCAAACCGCAUAUUUAUUAACGAGAAUUUGACAACAUACCGGCGAAACCUGGUGCGGAUUGUCAACGGAAGGAAGGAAGACGGAUUACUUAAAGGAGUGUGGACUGUAGACGGAAAAAUCUUUGUCAAGACUUCACCCGAGGGUAGGCCGAUCCGAAUUAAUACAGAGGAUGAUUUAAAUAAUCUUUAGGUUAAUAUAGA